AUGGGUCGAGUCAGGAGAUCACGAACGCAUUCCAAUCCGUGAGCAAAUACUGCUCGAUCACCGGCAUUGCAUACCCGACUGACACCCCUUCUGCCCCACUUCAUCACCGCUGAACCCGGACCCUUCGCACCACCGUCGGACAUUUCACAAUCCCAAAUCCACAAUCCCUUCCUCGAUCGGCCUCUUCUACAAUAAUUCGAACUGGAUCCCUGUAGCAAAAAGAACCAGGCCCCGGGCCAAAAGACACGCCGGUACACGCGCGACCUGGACCAAAUCCACGAUGACAUGAAGGACGGCGGCAAGGCCAAGAUGAUCGAUACGAUGCAGCACAAGGAUCUCGAGGAUCUCCCCGGUGAGCUGCAAUGAGGAAUCGGAGCGUUCGAGCCUUGACUAAUUAUUUCUCGACCUUCAGGUAUGGCCCAACAUCACUGCCUUUCGUGCGCAAGGUAUUUCGCCGAUGCCGUCUCGCUCGCGACGCACAAGAUGUCCAAACCCCACAAGAGACGACUGAAGAAACUCCAAGAGGAGCCUUACACCAUCGAAGAAUCACGACGAGCGGCUGGGCUCGGUGUCGAUAAGGGAGCUUUCACCAAGAGGAGAGAAGAAGCAGAGGCUGCUCAGACCGCUGCGACCGCUGGGGUGGCGACGGCUGCGGGUACUGGGACCAAGGAGAUGCAGGAGUGA